AUGAGCGUCCCCCGUAGACUGUUCGCAGUUGCGCGAGCAUCACGAACCUCAUCGACCAUACACUCUCACGCAACCAAGUCGUCGCAGCCUUCAGUACUGUUCGCAAGACAGCAGUCGAACCAAGCUACGAGAAGGAUACACCAGCAAGCACCACGUAAAGCUCAGCAUGGAGCAGCAGCCGCCCAGGAAUCCGAAUCGACAAAUCCAGCCCUAUCGUUCCCAUGCCUCGACGCCCAUGAAUCUCGAUCCGCUUCCCUUUCAAAACGUUCACUCGCAGGCCCCGAGCCCUCGUAUACCUCAGGACACACGCUGAACUUCCAUUCACGGCAACCCAUAUUGCUCGAUUGGGGUGGCAUACUGCCCGAGUUCAACAUUGCAUACGAAACUUGGGGGAGCUUGAAUCAAGAUAAGAGCAACGCAAUAUUGCUGCACACGGGACUUUCGGCGUCAAGCCAUGCACACAGCACAGAGACAAAUACGAAACCGGGGUGGUGGGAGAAGUUUAUCGGCCCCGGCAAGCCUUUGGAUACAGACAAGUACUUUGUCAUCUGCACAAAUGUAAUUGGAGGAUGCUAUGGUUCGACGGGACCUUCCUCAGUCGAUCCUGCGAAUGGCGAGCGAUAUGCGACACGAUUCCCGAUUCUUACCAUGGAGGAUAUGGUGCGCGCACAGUUUCGACUGCUGGACAACUUGGACAUUCGGAAGCUAUACGCAAGUGUGGGGUCAAGUAUGGGUGGAAUGCAGAGUCUGGCGGCAGGAACCCUUUUUCCAGAACGCGUAGGCCGCGUCGUCAGUAUCAGCGGCUGUGCUCGCAGCCACCCAUAUAGCAUCGCCAUGAGACAUACGCAACGACAAGUACUUAUGAUGGAUCCGAACUGGGCUCGGGGGUUUUACUAUGAUGGCAUCCCUCCACACGGCGGCAUGAAACUAGCUCGUGAGAUUGCGACCGUUACGUACCGAAGUGGUCCAGAAUGGGAACAGCGAUUUGGUCGAAGACGCGCGGACCCGUCACGGCCACCCGCUCUUUGUCCGGACUUUCUCAUUGAGACAUAUCUGGAUCACGCGGGGGAGAAGUGGUGUCUGGAGUACGAUCCAAACAGCUUGCUCUACGUCUCCAAGGCUAUGGAUCUCUUCGACCUCGGGCAAGAGCACCGCAACCGCAUCAACGAAGUGCGAAAGGCCAACAGUGGCAAACUACAGGCAUAUCUCGACGGAAGUGCCAUUGAGACUGAUAUCAGCAGUGACAUCUGCAGUUUGACUCUGCCGGAUAAGCCAUACGAAGAAAAAGAACAAGCUGCAGAUAUCGAUGCAGACGCGCUGGCUGCGCUGGCUGACGGGAGCGAGCCCCCAGCCGACCUAGUGGCUGGGCUGAAGCCUCUAGCAAACACCCCGGCAUUGGUCCUAGGCGUGGCAAGCGACAUUCUAUUCCCGGCCUGGCAGCAGCGUGAAAUCGCGACUACGCUUAAGCGCACGGGAAACAAGAACGUUACGCACAUUGAGUUGGGUGAAGAGAAGAGCUUGUUCGGCCAUGACACGUUCCUUCUUGAUCUCCAGCAUGUCGGCGGCGCCGUCAAGAACUUUCUCGGCUAA